AUGGGACCCGAACUCUCAAGCUCUCCCAUAAAGUACCUAUGGCUUGAUUGUGACCCUGGACAUGACGAUGCGAUCGCGAUCUUGUUGGCUUUGUAUUCCCCUGGACUUCGAUUACUGGGUAUUUCAACAGUUCAUGGGAAUGCUAGUAGCUAUAAUACGUUUUUGAAUGCUAUAAGACUACUCUAUGCUUAUGGAGCUAGUGACUCGAUUCAAGUCCAUCAAGGAGCAUCAAAACCUCUUCUGCGGCCAACUAGAGCAGAUCCUGAAAUUCACGGGGCUGACGGCCUUGGGGGAGUUAUUGGACUUCCCGAUGCCAAGAAUACUACUAUUCGAAACCGGUUUGCCAAGUCGUCACUAAAUGCGGUCCAAGGACUAGCAGAGGCUACCAAAAAGUGCAUUCUGGAGGGGAAUAAGCUUUAUAUAAUUGCUACUGGGCCUCUCACCAAUGUCGCCUUAUUCUCGGCUGUCCAUCCCGAAUUACUAUCUGGAGUCGAGGAAAUCAUAUUCAUGGGCGGAGGAGUUGGGAUAGGCAAUAGGAGCGCCGCGGCAGAGUUCAACAUUCUUUGUGAUCCCGAAGCUGCCCAGAUGGUACUCAAUCUCGAAGUACCAAAAGUCAUGAUCCCCUUGAACGUUACUCAUACUGCGAUUUUAACUUCGGAACUACAUUCGGGAUUAGUUGAAUCCAUAGAUGCGGCACCUGUUCCCGCACCUACCCCGCUGCGUAGCAUGCUUUCUUCUCUCGUUAGGUAUGUACCAAUAUGCCUUUCAUACAAACCAGAUCCCGCUGAGGGCUCCGAUGUAAGUUUCUUCGCCGGCUCGUAUCGAUCAACUUUCGGAUUCACUGAGGGUCCGCCAAUCCAUGAUGCUUGUUGCCUAGCAUACCUUUAUAAUCCCGGCUGGUUCAAAUCUAAGCGCUACAGGGUAGAUGUUGAAUUGGCUGGGCUACACACCGCCGGCGAAACUGUUGUUGACGUCUGGGGAUACGUUCGCACCGAUGAAUCAUGGGGUGAGUAA